AUGAACAUAUGGGAAUACACUGGAAUUGUUAUAAAGUCCACAUGUUGCGAUUUCAAACGGUAAACCCUCUCUGAAAAAAAAAACGCUGAAAAAAAAGAAAAUUCGAAAUCUGCUUUGGCAGCCAGCCAAAGGGUCUCACCACGCUGUUAGUCUACUACGGUAGCAUCAGUGUUUGCUGUGUGUGCGCUUGAAUGGAAUUUUCAUUUUUGCGCACACUUCCGUGUUUCCAUUGUUUUUUCAGGAGUGUUUGUGAUUUUAAUCAGCAGGUACAUUUUUUUGUGAUAAUGGUAUAACUUAAGUUCAAUUAUCAUAAAGUUUACGAUUGUUAGUUAACGUUUUACUAGCUCUAGAAUGGUCACAUUUUUUUGUUUUACACAAAUUACGAGAAGUUUGUUUCGAAAUUCAGUAUUUGUGAAUUAUUAUGUGUAAAUGAAGUUACUGUUUCUUUAUUUAGCAAGUUAUAUAUUGAUUAAACAAAUAUUGGUAAUAUACUGCAAACUUCCCAAUAUUCGAGCUUUGUCCAUAUUUUUUUGUUUGCUUAUAUUUUCUGAUUGUGAGUUAAAAAGAUAAUUUUCAGGUAAAUAUGCCACGUGUUUAUUUGGGCCGACUUCCAUAUCACUGCCGCGAGCGAGAUAUCGAGAAAUUUUUAAAAGGAUAUGGUCGCUUGAGUAACAUCGCCAUGAAAAACGGCUUUGCCUUCGUUGAUUUCGAGGACUACAAAGAUGCCGAUGACGCAGUACAUGAUUUGGAUGGAAAAACUAUGGGAGACAGGUGAGUUUUAAAACAUUUAUGCACCACAUAACAACUCUUGCCAAGGAAAUAUAUUGUAUUCCAGCAAUACACGCGUUAUCGUUGAAUUGGCGAAAGGAAAACCACGUGGAACAGAUGCAAUGCGUGAUCGCUCACCACGCGAUAGAAGAAGACGUUCAAGAAGCAGAUCUCGUGACCGCCGUCGUUCUCGUAGUACUUCUCGUGAUCGUAAACGUUCACGCCGCUCUCCAUCCAGAAGCCGUAGUCGUAGCGCAUCUCCAAAAGAUAGAAAGCGAAGCCCAUCUCGUUCGCCAGUCAGGUAAUACAUUUAAUAGAAAAUUUAAAACUAAUCUAAUCUCAUAUAACCUAACAAUCUGGAAAACUUCAGAAAUACGUGUAAUUUUAGAAUAACUUGACAUUCUCAUCUCAUGUCCACACCACCAAUCAGUCCUCGUUCACCAAACGUAUCACACAGACAUACAAAAACACCCACAAACAACCACAAUCACUCAAUCCUUGAGUUCAGUUCAAUCUGUUGAGGGUGUGCCAAUUCAUUUCUGUGACAUUGGAAAAUGUUCCGAAACGAGGUUCGAAUUUUUCAGAAAAGGUAGAUCGGCCAGCAGAAGCAGAACUCCGAGUCCAGCUAGAAGUGCAUCACCAAGAAGAUCUCCAAGAUCCCGCUCAGUCAGUCCAAAUCAGGUAAAUAACAAAAUUAAAAACAUACUUAUUAAUUCAAUGUUUAAAUUUAGAAAGGAAACGGUGAUGCCAGAAGCAGAAGCAAUUCAAGAUCUCGUUCACCACGUUCACCGCAAUGA